GGGUGGGGAUCUGCAUGGGGAGGGUCUGCGUGGACGCUGCCUGGAAGUGCACGUCCGCGGGCUCCUGGUCCCGGCCACACCUGGACAGGGAGGCCACAGUCGCUGACUGUGACGCUCAGGAGCUGUGGUGCUUGCUUGGCUUGCCUGGCUUCUGAUCCUGACCGUCCGGGAUCCCCCGUCACCGAUGGGGCUCGAGCUCACAGAGGGUAUCCACCCGGGAUCCUGGAAGAUUUGGGGGAAUACAGACGUUUAUUACAAGAUUUAUGUUCAACUUUAGAACGAGUACAGAAAAGUAAAGGACGUGAGGAAAAAAUCAGACACUUCAAGGACUUUUUAGAUUCUUGGAGAAAAUUUCAUGGUGCUCUUCAUAAGAACCAAAAAGAUGUUACAGACUCUUUUUAUCCAGCAAUGAGACUUAUUCUUCCUCAGCUAGAAAGAGAGAGAAUGGCUUAUGGAAUCAAAGAAACUAUGCUUGCCAAGCUUUAUAUUGAAUUGCUUAAUUUACCGAGAGAAGGAAAAGAUGCUCUUAAACUCCUCAAUUACAGAACACCUACUGGAACUCGUGGAGAUGCUGGGGACUUUGCAAUGAUUGCAUACUUUGUGUUGAAGCCAAGAUGUUUACAGAAAGGAAGUUUAAACAUACAGCAAGUCAAUGAACUCCUGGACUCAAUUGCCAGCAAUAAUUCUGCCAGAAAAAAAGACCUAGUGAAAAAGAGUCUUCUUCAACUUAUAACUCAGAGUUCAGCACUUGAACAGAAGUGGCUUAUACGGAUGAUUGUAAAGGACUUAAAGCUUGGUUUCAGUGAGAAAACUAUAUUUUCUGUUUUCCACAGCGAUGCUUCUGAGUUGCAUAAUGUUACCACGGACCUGGAAAAAGUCUGUAGGCAACUCCAUGACCCCUGUGUGGGACUCAGUGAUAUUUCUAUCACGUUGUUUUCUGCCUUUAAACCAAUGCUUGCUGCCAUUGCAGAUAUUGAGCACAUUGAGAAGGAUAUGAAACAACAGAGUUUCUACAUUGAGACCAAGCUUGAUGGUGAACGCAUGCAGAUGCACAAACAUGGAGAAGUGUAUCAGUACUUUUCUCGAAAUGGAUAUGACUACACUGAACAGUUUGGUGCUUCUCCCAGUGAAGGUUCUCUUACCCCUUUCAUUCAUAAUGCAUUCAAAACGGAUGUGCAGAUCUGUAUCCUGGAUGGUGAGAUGAUGGCUUAUAACCCCAAUACGCAAACUUUUAUGCAAAAGGGGAAUAAGUUUGAUAUUAAAAGAAUGGUAGAAGAUUCUGACCUGCAGACUUGUUAUUGUGUUUUUGAUGUAUUAAUGGUUAAUAAUAAAAAGCUAGGACGUGAGACCCUGAGAAAGAGGUAUGAGAUUCUUAAUAGUAUUUUUACACCAGUAUCAGGUAGAAUGGAAAUAAUACAGAAAACACAAGCUCAUACCAAGAAAGAAGUCAUUGAUGCAUUGAAUGAAGCAAUUGAUAAAAGAGAAGAGGGAAUCAUGAUAAAACAUCCUCUGUCCAUUUAUAAGCCAGACAAAAGAGGUGAGGGGUGGCUAAAAAUUAAACCAGAGUAUGUCAAUGGACUAAUGGAUGAACUAGACAUCUUAAUUGUGGGAGGAUAUUGGGGUAAAGGUUCACGGGGUGGGAUGAUGUCUCAUUUUUUGUGUGCUGUAGCAGAGAAGCCCCCUCCUGGUGAGAAACCAACUGUGUUUCAUACCCUCUGUCGUGUUGGCUCAGGAUACACCAUGAAAGAACUGUAUGAUCUAGGGUUGAAACUAGCCAAGCAUUGGAAACCUUUUCAUAAAAAAGCUCCACCAAGUAGCAUUUUGUGUGGAACGGAGAAGCCAGAAGUGUACAUUGAACCUCGUAAUUCUGUCAUUGUCCAGAUUAAGGCAGCAGAGAUUGUCCCCAGUGAAAUGUAUAAAACUAGCUGCACAUUGCGUUUUCCAAGAAUCGAGAAAAUAAGAGAUGACAAAGAGUGGCAUGAGUGCAUGACUCUGGAUGAGUUAGAACAGCUGAGGGGGAAGGCGUCUGGGAAACUUGCAUCGAAACACCUUUAUGUGGGCAGUGAUGAUGAACCCAAAGAAAAAAAGCGGAAAGCUGCCCCAAAGAUGAAGAAAGUCAUUGGAAUUCUUGAAAACCUAAAAGCACCUAACCUUUCUAACAUAAGCAAAGUUUCAAAUAUAUUUGAGGAUGUAGAAUUCUGUGUCAUGAGUGGAACAGCCAGUCUUUCAAAACUUGACCUGGAGAACAGAAUUGCAGAGUUGGGUGGUUAUAUAGUACAAAACCCAGGUCCUGACACGUACUGUGUAAUUGCGGGCUCAGAGAACAUCAGAGUGAAAAACAUUAUCUCUUCAGAUAAACAUGAUGUGGUCCGGCCCGCGUGGCUUCUGGAGUGUUUUAAGACCAAGACCUGCUUGCCAUGGCACCCUCGCUUUAUGAUUCACAUGUGUCCAUCAACAAAGCAACAUUUCUCCCGUGAAUAUGAUCGCUAUGGUGACAGUUAUUUUGUUGACACAGAUUUGAACCAACUGAAAGAAGUGUUCUCGGGUAUUAAAAAUUCUAAUGAGCAGACUCCUGAAGAAAUAGUCUCUGUGAUCACAGAUUUAGAAUAUCGUUAUUCCUGGGACUGCUCUCCUCUUAGUAUGUUUCGACACCAUACUGUUUAUUUGGACUUGUAUACUGUUAUUAAUGACUUAAGUACCAAAAUUGAGGGAGCAAGAUUAGCUAUUGUGGCUUUGGAACUUCGAUUUCAUGGAGCAAAGGUAGUUUCUUACUUAGCUGAAGGUGUGUCUCACGUGAUCAUUGGGGAGGAUCAGAGUCGAGUUGCAGAUUUUAAAGCUUUUCGAAGAACUCUUAAGAAAAAGUUUAAAAUCCUACAAGAAUGUUGGGUAACUGACUCACUAAACAAGUGUGAGUUAGAGGAGGAAAGUCAGUAUUUGAUUUAAAGCUAGCUUUCUUCAAGCCUUAGAACCUGCAGGCUAAUUGCAAUGGAUGAUAAUGAUAAACUAUUUUAUUUUUGUUUUAUUUAUUUUAUUUUUAAAUGCUAUUCUUAAGUGCUAUUAGAUAUAGGAAAACAAAACUUUUUUUUUUUUUUAACGUAGAAAAGGAAUGGAGAGGCCCAAACCAGGAAAGAAAUUCUCUCACUAGGGUAUACGUUAUGACUUUUUAUAAUAAAGAUGACAGAAGUGAAGAUAAGUUUCUAUACAUAUGGAAAUUUCAAAUUUUGACUCAGAUAUUAAUAAAAAAAAACUUAGGGACCCUUUAGAAUAUUGAUCUUUUAAAUAGUAUUUUUUGAAAUUGAGGACAAUUUUUUUCUUUUUCUUUUUUUGGACUGGGG